AUGCCUUCCAACACUUUCUCCAUCUCGGCCGCUCUGUGCCUCGCUCUGGCCAUUGGUCCCGCUUCCGUCGUUGCUGCUCCCCAGCUGAACGGCCUUCCUCUCCUUGGUGGUGACAACACCAACGCUGCCCCCGCCAAUGGCAACAGCGAGCAAGACGCUGGUGCCGGCUACGACGUCGGUAUCCCCGGUGGCCCCGGAGUCCACUACGGCGCUGGUGUCCACAGCGAGCACCACGGCCCCUGCGGCCCCGGCCCUAGCGGCGAGAAGGACGCCGGCGCCGGUUUCGCCGUUGGCAUUCCCGGCGGCCCUGGAGUUCGCUUCGGUGCCGGUACCCAUGACCAGUACGAGGCCGUGCCGUGCCCAGAGCCCAUCGCUGAGCCCACCACUACCACCUACGUUCAAGUGAUGAUCCCUCCUACCUACACCACUCCCAUCGUGAUCCCUACGGCCACCCCUGCUCCGGCCUACGUGCCUCCGACUGUCGUUCCUGUCCAAUCGAAGCCCCUGAUCCCCCACCCUGCGCCUGCGCCUACGGCUUCGGCUAUGCCCUCGCCUUCGCCUUCCGCUAAGCCGGUUUUCAACGCCGGCUCAGCUCUGGCCCCGAGCUCGCUCGUGGCCGUUGCUCUUCCUAUCAUCCUCGGCAUUUUCUACUAG